AUGGAGCACAUUAUGAACCAGCAGACGGCAUUUAUCGAAUUGCCAUCAGCACCGAUACAGACAAUCUAUGAAACAAUUCAACAAGUUGUAAAAUCCAACAUACCGAUCCUCAUUACUGGCGAAACCGGCGUUGGUAAAGAAGGCAUCGCAAGAUACAUACAUGAAAGUAGCACACGGAAGAAUAAACCGUUUAUCGCCAUCAACUGUGGUCGAUUCUCCGCUGAACUCCUCCAGAGUGAACUCUUUGGACAUGAAGCGGGCGCGUUUACGAGUGCGAUACGUCAACGCCAAGGGGCGUUUGAAGUCGCAGACGGUGGGAUUCUCUUUUUAGAUGAAGUCCCCGAAAUGUCCUUGGACGCACAGAAAAUGCUUCUCCGCGUCUUGGACACUGCCACAUUCACACGGCUCGGUGGAAACGAGGCAUUGGCUAUUGAUAUUCACAUUAUCGCUGCAACAAACAGAGAUAUUGUGAAAACAGUCGCUGAAAAGGAGUUUCGGGAAGACCUCUACUACCGGCUUAAGGGUAUGAUGCUUCAUUUACCCCCACUUCGGGAACGUACAGAGGACAUUGCACCUUUAGUGGCAGCUUUUAUUAAUGAGUUCAGUGCUGUCUAUAGAAAAGGUGUUACAGGAAUUACCGCAGAGGCACUCAAGCGUCUCGAACAGGCAGCAUGGCCCGGCAAUAUCCGGCAGCUUCGGAGCACCAUCCAAACUGCUAUCGCGCUCGCAACAACAGAUAAACUUGAGCUCAAAGACUUCCCGGAUAUUUACCCGGAUUUCGUUCAGACACUUACCUCUAUCUGGCAGACACUCCCGCCAGAGACCCAGCACGCAAUUUGGGAAACACUUCAACCAGAAACACGGCAUGCAAUUGUGCAUGAACUUUCAACGCGGUCCCCAGGACAGUGGUGUAGUUCUCAGGUUUCCUAUAUGCCGAGAAUCGGUGGAAAAGCGGAGUCGCUCAAUAUAGGGGAUAUGAACCAAAAUCAAAUCCUACGGGCCGUUGCUCAAAAACGUAUUCAGCAAUGUACAUCGCUACGCGAGGCAGCCGAAUCGUUAAAUAUUGAUAUACGGACCCUUCAGAGAUAUGCACACUGGGAAGAACCAGAUAACUAA